UCGAAGUUCGAUGUGAUCGGCUCUUGGCCCUGCCGUGAGUUCUCAGUGCGGGCUACAGCGCUGCUGAACAUGGCGUCAGACGGGAUGAUUUUAACAAACCACGACCACCAAAUCCGGGUCGGAGUCUUGACAGUGAGUGACAGCUGUUUUAGGAACCUGGCAGAGGACCGCAGUGGAAUCAACCUAAAAGAUCUGGUGCACGACCCGUCCCUGCUUGGGGGCUCUAUUUCAGCCUAUAAGAUCGUACCAGAUGAAAUUGACCAGAUCAAGGAGACUCUAGUGGACUGGUGUGAUGAGAAAGAACUCAAUCUCAUCUUGACCACCGGGGGGACAGGCUUUGCUCCCCGCGAUGUCACACCUGAGGCCACUAAAGAGGUGAUAGAGCGGGAGGCUCCAGGGAUGUCUCUGGCCAUGCUGAUGGGUUCUCUCAACGUCACACCACUAGGCAUGCUCUCUAGACCUGUGUGCGGCAUCCGUGGCAAGACGCUCAUCAUCAACUUACCAGGGAGCAAGAAGGGUUCCCAGGAGUGUUUCCAGUUCAUCCUGCCCGCGCUGCCCCACGCUAUCGACCUGCUACGGGACGCUGUGGUCAAGAUGAAGGAGGCGGUGGACGAGCUAGAGGACCUGCCUUCGCCCCCGCCGCCCCUAUCGCCGCCCCCCAACAGCUCGCCACGGCGGCAGACUGAGGACAAGGGCGUACAGUGCGAGGAGGAGGACGAUGACAAGAAAGACAGUGGUGUGGCGUCCACCGAGGACUCCUCGUCCUCGCACAUCACCGCAGCCUCCAUCGCCGCUAAGGUAACCAAUGGGGAGAUCCCAGACUCCAUCAUCUCCAGGGGUGUCCAGGUCCUCCCCAGAGACACAGGCUCUCUGAGCACCACGCCCUCUGAGUCGCCCCGCGCCCAGGCCACCUCGCGGCUCUCUACCGCCUCCUGCCCUACGCCCAAAGCGCGGCUCCCCUCCUGUUCAUCCACCCUAAGCAUUGCUGAGGCCUCACGGAGAGAGUUCAGGGCUCACCUGGAUGAGGUCAUCACGCUCAAGUCAAGGUACUCUACCUUGGACCAGCUCCAGUGUAGGUUGGAGGGGCUUAAAGAUGAUCGCAGGAGCCAUAGGACCUUCAGCUCUCGAGUGCAGUCACGAUGCAGCAGCAAAGAAAAUAUCCUGAGAUCAAGUCACAGUGCGGUGGACAUCACCAAGGUGGCCCGGAGACACCGCAUGUCACCUUUCCCCCUUACAUCCAUGGACAAGGCUUUCAUCACUGUCCUGGAGAUGACCGCUGUGCUGGGGACUGAGAUCAUCAACUACAGAGAUGGGAUGGGCCGAGUCCUUGCUCAGGAGGUUUAUGCCAAAGACAACCUGCCCCCAUUCCCUGCCUCUGUAAAGGAUGGUUAUGCUGUAAGAGCGGCUGAUGGUCCAGGCGACCGCUUCAUCAUCGGAGAGUCCCAGGCUGGAGAACAGCCCACCCACACAGUGAUGCCGGGCCAGGUGAUGAGGGUGACGACGGGGGCUCCUAUCCCCUGUGGGGCAGACGCUGUGGUGCAGGUGGAGGAUACAGAGCUGCUCCGCGAGUCUGAGGACGGCACAGAGGAGCUGGAGGUGCGGAUCCUCGUACAGGCCCGUCCCGGACAAGACAUCCGGCCCAUAGGUCAUGACAUCAAGCGUGGGGAAUGUGUCCUGUCUAAGGGAACCCACAUGGGCCCCUCUGAGAUUGGCCUGCUGGCCACCGUAGGAGUCACCGAGGUAGAGGUGCAGAAGUUCCCCGUGGUGGCUGUCAUGUCCACAGGCAACGAACUGUUAAACCCUGAGGACGACCUCCACCCAGGAAAAAUCAGAGACAGUAACCGUUCCACGCUGCUCGCCACCAUCCAGGAGCACGGAUACCCCACCAUCAACCUGGGCAUCGUGGGAGACAACCCAGAUGACCUGCUGAAUCCCUCUGGAGGGGUAAUCACCUCUGGAGGGGUGUCGAUGGGAGAGAAGGACUAUCUGAAACAGGUGCUGGAUAUUGAUCUGCAUGCCCAGAUCCACUUUGGACGUGUCUUCAUGAAACCAGGUCUCCCGACAACGUUCGCCACGGUGGACAUGGACGGUGUUCGUAAACUCAUCUUUGCCCUCCCAGGUAACCCCGUGUCUGCUGUGGUGACAUGUAACCUCUUCGUCAUUCCUGCCUUGAGGAAGAUGCAGGGGAUCCUGGACCCACGGCCCACCAUCAUCAAAGCCAGGUUGUCAUGUGACGUGAAGCUGGACCCUCGCCCUGAGUACCACCGCUGCAUUCUGACAUGGCACCACCAGGAGCCUCUGCCAUGGGCCCAGAGCACAGGAAACCAGGUGAGCAGCAGGCUAAUGAGCAUGCGCAGCGCCAACGGUCUCCUGAUGCUACCUCCAAAAACAGAGCAAUACGUGGAGCUGCACAAGGGAGAGGUGGUCGACGUCAUGGUUAUCGGCCGGCUAUGAUGUCAUCAAAGGGGGACGUUGAGAUGGCUUCAUAGAGAGAGGGGGUUCGAAUGGGUGGUUCACGGUGCAUGUCCACAUAUCAUUGACUAUUCUGUAAUAUGCAACGGCACAGCUAGUUUUUCUUGAUUUGGACGUUGAGGUAUAGUCAACAUCUCCAUCACAAACCUAGGUACAUAUGAUACAAAAAAAUAUGAUUAAUUUAAAAGAUUAUAAUAGUAUUUCAAACAAAGAAAAUAUAACUUUCAAAGAAAAAAAUCUAAUUAUAAAAAGAGAUUUAUUCUGUAAUAUAUUCUUAUGAUUAUUCUUCUUACUAUCAUUGUUAGAUUGUAAGGCAACUUUGUUCCUUUCAUUGCAAUUGCUUUGUGUGUUCAAUGCUAGACCUUAUCAAUAGCAGUAGCAUUUUAAUAGAUCUGUAGGUGCCUGCCAGGACAAAAAAAUAAGAAAUGUUAUUUUCUCAUUUUAGUGGAAUUUUUUUUCCUUUUUUUAUAUAUAUAUCAAGAAAAACCCUGAGGAAGACUCCAGAUUUCCCACGGUGCUUGUGUAAGAGGAAGGAGGGGAGGGUAUAAUCUAGGUCUAUUUCCUCUGUGGUGUGUCGCUUUAACGGUGACACCACACACUUCUAUUUUUCUCCCAUUAGUAUGCAUCACAAUGGCUUGACAAAGAGCUUUGCUUGUUGUUUAUCUUGUGAGUCUUGUUUAUGUGCGCAGUGCCAAAUGCCUGGGCAGGGAUGAGGGUGGUGCUGGAAAGGGGUGGGGGUGGGGUGGGGGGGGCAGUCAUCCACCAACCUGCCCAGACCCUGAAGCUUCCUUAUUUAUCACCUGACCACAGGUGCAGCUCUGCCCCCCGGGGAGCAUGGUUUACUGGGGAAAACAAAAAACAGUAUUUUAUUUGAUCGACUAAAGAGAAAGAGGGAAAACACACAGAAUAAAAGAAACAGCUUCUUUAAGUGCUGACAGCCUUUUUAACUGACUUCACAAAACAUGUACAGAAAAAAAGAAUAUGAAGAUGAACCAUAUUGUACAGAUAUGUGACCAGCACUCUGAAGGAAAUGACCCAUAUUGAAGCAAUGAGGAGACAUUGAACAAUGCUGUACUAUAGUACAUUUUCUGUAAUGAUAUGAAACUGAUGAAAGAGACUAUGAUAAUAAAAAUCCUUGAUCAUUAUGUAUAAAAAAAAAGUUAUUGUUGGGUUUCCUUUUUUAAAUAAAAUCUAUUUAA